AGAACAUUCGUUCGAUGUGACGUCGUUGGAGGCGUUGGCCAGUUCAGUGAUCCUGUCGGAAUCGGGCUCUGUAGAACCACCUGUAGUUAUUUUAAUUAUUCCAAAAUCUUAUUUUAACUCUUAAAAUUCUAUUCAAAUUUCUCUGGUCAGUCGUCAAAAUGAUCAAAAACGGUCACCACGCAGCCAGUAACCGGAGUGAAGAAGCCGGGUCCGGUAAGACGGUGGACUCGAUGUGUAGCCCGGAGAAGAGGAAGCGGGUGGUGCGGUUGUGGUGUGACGGCUGCUACGACAUGGUGCACUACGGUCACUCCAACCAACUGCGACAGGCCAAAGCUCUGGGAGAUUACCUGAUUGUGGGCGUGCAUACAGACGCGGAGAUUUCCAAACACAAGGGCCCCCCAGUCUUUACUCAGGAAGAACGGUACAAGAUGGUGCGUGCAAUCAAGUGGGUGGAUGAGAUCGUAGAAGGAGCUCCGUAUGUGACGACGCUGGAGACUCUGGACAAAUACAGCUGUGAUUUCUGCGUGCAUGGAGAUGACAUCACGCUGACGGUAGAUGGCAAAGACACAUAUGCAGAGGUGAAGCGGGCGGGUCGUUACCGGGAGUGUAAACGCACGCAGGGUGUCUCGACCACUGACCUGGUGGGACGCAUGUUGCUCAUGACCAAAGCCCAUCACAGCAACUUGGAUAACACUGAUUACCAGCAGCACACAGACAACUUUGGAAAGGGUGCCACAGUUCACAGUCCUUGGACGGGAGUUUCUCAGUUCCUGCAAACAUCUCAGAAGAUCAUUCAGUUCGCCUCAGGAAAGGAGCCGCAGCCCGGAGACACCAUCAUCUAUGUGGCCGGAGCGUUUGAUCUUUUCCACAUUGGUCAUGUUGACUUCUUGGAAAUGGUUUAUAAACAAGCAGAGAGGGCUUACGUCAUCGUGGGUCUGCACUUUGACCAGGAAGUGAAUCGCUACAAAGGGAAGAACUACCCAAUCAUGAACAUCCAUGAGAGAACUCUGAGUGUUCUUGCCUGUCGGUAUGUGUCAGAGGUGGUGAUUGGUGCACCAUACGCAGUGGGCAAAGACCUGCUGGAUCAUUUUAAAGUGGAUUUGGUGUGCCACGGCAAGACGGAAGUAUUUCCAGACAAGGAUGGGUCAGACCCCUAUGCUGAACCUAAGAAGAGGGGGAUCUUUAGGAGUGUAGACAGUGGAAAUAAUCUCACCACUGACGACAUCGUCCAGAGGAUCAUUGCAAACAGGCUGCAGUUCGAAGCCAGGAACCAGAAAAAAGAGGCCAAGGAGAUGGCGGCGAUCGAAGCGAUGAAGAGGAGAGAGAAGGAGCAGCAGGAUGAAGCUGCAGCUCAGCCUGUCCACUCAUGAACUCUGAUCGUUUUAAGUCUGUUUUACUCCUUCAGGUACACCCAGCUUUAAAAACAAGGACCCUGCAGAGCCAGACGGAGAGUCCACAUUGUCCUCAGCCACAUCUGGACCCGUCCAGUGGGUUCAAACCGGCUUCAGACCUUGUUUUAUCUACGAGGUUUGUCCCUCACCGAGAGCUCCAUACUGAUCUUUGUGUUGUUUUAGUCUCACACUACAUGUAGAGGUUAAUUUUUUAACUUUUCAUAACUUAUUGACAAAGUGUUACUAUCUGUGUCGGUUAGCGUGUUCGAUUUUAAACAAUUUUUAAAGAUCAGUCUUAAAACUUGUCAUCAGUAAAGUUGAAUGUACUUGUUUUUUAAACACAUUUCAUUUCUUGAUGUCAGUUUUUCCCUUCCUCUAAAGAAAAACAUAAUGUUGUUAAAUCAUUUGUUAAGAAAUCAGUGGAGUUUAGCUACCAGUUUGCACCGUGUGUGUGCGUGUGUGUAUGUAUGUGUGUGUGUUUUAAAGAACAUAGUGCCUCGUUCCUGAAGCUAUAAAUUAAUUUAAGGGCUGUAAACUGUUUCAGCCUCAGAGGAAACAGUCUGUGUGAAAAAAUUAAAUCCUUCUUUAUUCAGUUUAUUUUCCAAGAAAUUUGUUCAACAAGAAACAAAUGUGUCUCCGGUUCUUAAACUCUGUUUCUCAAGACAAUCCAAGGACAUUAAUCUGUCAAACUCCGACGUCUAAUUGUUGUUUUCUUGUUUUACGUUUAACAUUUGUAAGGUUAAAUGAAGAUAAAGUGGUGGACUGAAAAUUUACAUAAAGUUUAUAGAUGUGGAGAAUAUUCUCAGCAUUUCCAUAACUAUAUCUGUGAGUAUAUUCCACUUUAUGAAUUAAACGGUGGUCUGUU